AUGUUGAACCUCUCUCUCCUGAGCCGAGGCCAUGGGAAGUUGGUCCAGAGCAAACAGAAGUUGGAAGUCUAUUUUGAACCAGAGGACUACUUGAACUGGAAGUCCCCAGAAGACUACAUCCUGGUCAGCAAACCUCAGGAUGAUGGCAAUGCUGACCAGCACUGCUGGAGCCUCUUUCUUCCCAAGACAUUCAGCACGAGGAAGGGGGCUCUGAUCCUCUAUUCAGAAGGCUUAGCUAUUUCAGCAUGGCCAACCCAAGAGAGAAGAGGGCCCUACCGCCCCAAAAGUCACAGGAAGAGGCUAAAUCUUGAACUGCACACACUUCAAGACCUCAAAAAAGCCAUCUUGGCAUACGGACAAAAACAGAGGGAAGAGGACAGAGGCUGGCAACCAUACCUCUACUUCCGAAAUCAGCCUGGGAUCCAGGCACAACGGCAGAUCCAGCCUGGGUAUUCAGCCAAGAGAUACCUGCGAGGGCUCUUGCGGACAUGGACUCCCAACACCCUCUACAGGCUCCAAUAUGCAGGAUACAUUAAGGAUUCUGUGCUGCUCCAGGACAGUCAACUUACUGUGCCAAAGAAUCGCAGGCCACAACAGGAUCUUUCAAGUAUACCCCCAAAAUAUCACCUCCUGCCUGUCCUCCCUCCAUUUUGGAUUCAACAAGGAAAAUCUUUGGAACAAGGUCAACAGGGCCUGGAUGAAGAAGCCAUUGGGGCUGAUCAAUACAUGGAUCACAGCUCUAUAGCCCAGAACCAUGGCGGUCAGGAGACUCACUUGCUACCACUCAGGAAGCAACCCUGGCAAGAAGAUGAAGCCAAGGCUGAGGAUACAUCAACAGGGAAUCACCUUUGUAUUCACGCUUCAGAGGAAAGCCACAAUGCAAGCGCACAGCAAAGCUCCAGGAAGGCUCUUGGACAUGCCCGCAUCGGUCAUUCUCAGUUCCUGAGUGACAAAUCCCACAUCACAUUUUAUGGAGGUGCCUUCCCCAGUAGAAAGGCAGAUCUCAGAGACAAACAAAGGAACAUGAAACCCAGCCAGGCCAGAGGAGGCCACUUGUCACAGGAGCCUCCUGCUGAAAGAUGUCUUUUCCCUCCUAUACCAUCUGCCACUGGCUUAGAACAAAACACACCUGCUGACGCAAAGAAAAACAAGGCACCAAAGACUUUGAAAUUACCUCCAGUCUCAAAAGAACUAUCCAGAGUUCUUGACCCCCUGAGAUGCCAAUUUAAAGCCAAUGAACCCCCAACGGAGCUAUUCAUCUUCCCAAUGGAGCUUCAUUUCCACACUCAACACCCCCCAAAAGAAAAAGCCUGCAGAAGAGGUGCUCUAUAUCAUGAGCCAGAAACAGAAAUGGAAGAGGCCAAGGUUUUAUGGAGGCCUCCUCUGAAGCAUACACCACUAGCAAGGCCAACGGGGAUAACAGUGCACAUCCCAGUGCCCUUGUCUCAAGGUAGUUCCUUCCUCCCUCAAGCACCCCACAGGAAUCCUACCCUGCAGGAAAGCAAGGCAAGACAUAGCAGGGCCCAUAGCCAAGAAAAAGGAGGCUGGAAGGAAGAUGACGAUGGCCUAUCCCAGACUGUGACCCCACCGCUGGAUCUUCUACCCCCAACCAAAGGAAAAAAAAGCCCAGAGAGCCAGGGGGACCUGAUCAGCCCCAGAACAUCAGACUGCAACAUCCCCACAUGUCCCUUGAAUGGGGGGGCACUGCCAGCAGCUCAAGAAGAUUCCAGAGAUCCCAACUACUUGUCGGAUCCAAAUGAAGAAAACAGCUGCCUGUCCCUCCCGAGGCCCACGCACACAGAGGCAAUUCCUCUGGGGCCUAUAAAUCUUUCUGUCCAUUCACAUAUCAGCCAUGAAGAAGGGCCAAACAGUCAGCAUCUUCUGAAAGGGAAGAUUUCCCCUAAAACCAAUCUUCACAUGAGUCUUUAUGAGGCUUCACCUUUGAUCCAAACAACAGAGAAGCAGGGAGCCAGGCAGUCCUUGGAGGCAGCAGCUCAGAAGACAGGAGAGCCUCAAAGCUGUAUAAAUAAAGGGCUGAUAUGUUCAAACGAAACAGAAGUUUACACGUGCAAGCUGCACAUCGACAUGACGCCGUUCCUGAAGGCUCCUGUGGCACCAGGCCAAAGUCCCUGCUGCCCACUGGCAGUUCUAAAGAUUCUAAAAGACAAUGUGGACCCUGAGGCCACCAUGGGGCGAGCUGCGGAGGCAGCGGCCCCAUCGCGGGGCGUUCGCGGCCCCCAGCGUCCGCUUCGCCGGUCUGGAGGCAGCCUCCGGGCCGGAGGACAGCGGAGGUGGCGAGCCAGGGAGGAGCAGCGGACCUCAUCUCGUCUUCUGCGGCGCCCGGGCGGGCGGAGGCCCGUGGCCAUGGACGACAGCAAGGUGCCGGCAGAGUGCCCGGGCAUGCCUGCCCGGAAGAAGCUCAGAUACCAGUACCUGGAGGAGCUGGUGUCCAGCCGAGAGCGGGCCGUAAGUGCCCUCCGAGAGGAGCUGGACAUGUACGAACAGUGGGGCAGAGACAAUGGUGGACACCAUAUACACAGAGGACUGCCAGAACCUGGACUUGAGCCACCAGAGAAGUUGGGCAUUAUGGACACAGUUCUUCUUCCAAGAGUAAGAGAAGGGAAGACUGUACCACGAUUGUUCAACCAGCAGGCACCAGGUACCAUCAGUCCUGAGAGGGAGUUGAUCAACAAGGCCAAGGAGAAAAAAAGAAUCAAGACAGAGAAGAACAAAGCAUCCAACAGAGAGAUAGAAGAAAAGGUCUCCAGGGCAACAAAGGUAGCUGUGGAAAAACCAAAGAACUCUAAGGCUGCCAAGAAACUAGAGGCAAUUCCCAAAGGGAAAAAACCUGGAGCCAAAAGGCAAAGGACACAAAAGAAAAGGAAUGUGGCGUUAUCAGCAGAGCUGAGUGGACCUGGGGGCCCACUCAGAGAAGCCAAGGGCACCCCUGAGAGACGCUUCAUCCGUUCACACUCUAUUAUAGAAGCAGACCGUUGGUCUUCUCCACAGUAUGAUGUCCAGGAGACACAAGUUUCUAUAGACAGAAGAUCCUCAUCCACUCAGCCUGUGACUGUUACUAACAACAUGGAAUAUGAAGAAGAGAAAAGCCCUGAAGACCUGUCAAAGGCCCUUGUAGCUAAGGAGCAGGAAAAGGUUUCCAGGAACAGACUUCGAGCAGAGAGGGCUGAGUUGAGGCGGCUGAAGGUGGAAAGGAAGAGAAGGGAGCAAGAAGAGGUAAGAAAGCUACAGCAGGAGCAGAUGGAGAGAGCAGAGAAGAUGAAAGAGGAGCUGGAGCUGGAGCAGCAGAAACGAGCAGAAGAGAUCCGCCUGCAGAAACAGAGACUGGAAGAAGCACAGAAGCAGCAGCAGGAAGAGGAGAGAAAGCAAUGGCUCCAGUUGCAAGCGGCCCAGGAGAGGGCCCGGCAACAGCAAGAGGAGUUUCGGAGGAAGCUGCAAGAAAUGCAACAAAAAAAGCAGCAGGAGCAAGCUGAGAAGGCUGCGGCAGAGAAGCAGAGGCAGAAGGAAUUGGAAAUGCAGUUAGCAGACGAACAGAAACAUCUGAUGGAAAUGGCUGAAGAGGAACGCCUGGAAUACCAGUUGCGGAAACAGGAAGCAGAAGAGAAGGCUCUGCUAGAGGCUGAGGAGAGAAGGCAAAAGGAAGAGGAAGCAAAGCUGGCUCUGGAGGAAGUGAUGAAACAAGCUCAGGAGAAAGCCAGGUACUGGAUAUUAGGCAAAGAUUUUGACUAG